AUGACGCUGACGAUGGACAUUCAUAUCUUUCGAUUGUUGUUGAUAACAGGGCUAAAAGCAUUAAUUAAGGGAGCUGAUCGAUUUCUGCCAAUUCUUCUACCCUCUUGUCUUACAGAAUGUAAUUCCAUGAUAGCUGCAAAAGGGGAAAUAACAAAUUUUCGAGUGCAGUCAAGUGACCCUACUAAUGAAUACUAUCUAAAAGAAAUAUCAUCGCAGAUUUAG